UCCCGAUCAGGAAUAGUUUUUUUUUUGGUUUCCUAUAUUAAUAGAGGCUCCGCCGCCUUCCGGUUCCUAGGGAGAGAGAGAGCGGGCGAGCGAUCGAUAGAGGGGGAGAAAGCGAGAGAGAACGAAGAGAUGAGGCUUUUGACUCACAACAUGCUAUCGUGCAACAUAAAGGGGGUGAGCAACGGAUUCCCCCUUCGACUGGAGGCGGAGAAGUGGGUGGAGAAGGAGGUGGAGCUCAACGCCGACUUCCUCCGCGGCAUCUUCCCCAAGAUCGAGUGGAAGGCCCUCGCCGGCGCCGCCCGUGCCAUCGGCUACGACCAGCUUCCCGACGAGGCCGAUGCCUCCAUGCUCGACUCCGACGAUUUCCUCCGCCGCUUCCACCACGCGCUGCUCGAGCUCCAUGUCGAGGAGGGCGCCCUAGUCUGCCCCGAGACCGGCCGCCGCUUCCCCAUCAACAAGGGCAUCCCCAACAUGCUCCUCCACGAGGACGAGGUCUGAUGAUAAUCUUGCGCCGCUGGAUUAGGGUUAGGGUUUUAGAUUGCUAUCUUGUGAGAGGGAAAUUGGGUUGAAGUUCUGAUUUUUGGGUCAUAUCGCUAUGCAACGAAUCUUUGGUGAAACGUAUUAAAAGUUUAAAGGAAAUCAAAUCUGGUUUUGUUGUCCAAAUUUGAUUGGGUGUAAUACAUAUCUUUGACAUCUUAUGCUAUGUAUCUUUAAUUUCUUGGAGAGUGUGGUGGUCUAUUAACAAAAGGAGGAGAAGAGAAAACCCUAGCAGAAAAACCCUGCAUUAUUA